AUGGCAACCCCGCAGGAACUCGUCCCCCAGACGGAAUCCAUCGCUGAGGUCUACGCAACCGACGAUGUGUCGGCUACCUCAGUCGCCCCCGAACACCAGGCGCGAUUUAACAACCUGGUUGCCCAGUUUACCAGAUCAUACAGCCAUCGCCCCGAUUUCGUGGCGCGCAGUCCCGGUCGCGUCAACAUCAUCGGAGAGCACAUCGACUACAACCUGUACGAUGUCCUCCCCACCGCAGUGAGCGUGGAUGUGAUCAUCGCCGUAAAAGUGGUUCCAUCGAAGGGCUCCGAGUCGGUCGUAACCAUUUCGAACGUCAACCCUGAGAAGUUCCCUACCCGCGAGUUCACCGUGCCCCGCGAUACAGACAUUGAGAUCGACCCCAAGAAGCACGAAUGGGUCAACUACUUCAAGGCUGGGCUUUCGGGGGCCCUGAAGUUCCUGCGCAAGCAUAAUGCCGACGGUUCUUUUGUGCCCGCUAGCAUGCAGGUUCUCCUGGAUGGUAACGUGCCUCCCGGUGGUGGCAUCUCCAGUAGUGCCGCGUUCGUGUGUGCCAGCGCCUUGGCCGUUAUGAAGGCCAACAGCCACGAUGUGUCGAAGCAGGAUCUACUGGACCUGGCUGUUGUGUCUGAGCGCGCAGUCGGAGUGUACUCUGGGGGUAUGGACCAGGCUGCUUCCAUCUUCUCCCGUCGAGGAUACCUGCUGUACACCCAAUUCUACCCCAACUUUUUUGUUCAGCACGUUCCUAUCCCCAAGGCCGAGGAAGAGAUCACUUUCCUCAUGGCACAGAGCUUUGUUACGUCCAACAAGGCUGAGACCGCACCCCGUCAUUACAAUCUGCGUGUCGCCGAGUGCACCCUCGCUGCGGUGGUUUUGGGAGCCCUGCACGGGCUGAAACUACCCAAGGACAACAGCUCACUGGGAUACAGUCUUCGUAACUUCCAUGAAGAGUUCAUGCGCAAAGAGGGCCGCCUAGGCGAUCCUCUGGAGUACCAGAUCGACUCUGUCAUCCAGAGUACCAUGGAGCUCUUGACUCAAGAGCAAGGAUACACUCGCGAGGAGAUCGCCAAGCUCCUUAGCAUUACAGUUCCGGAGCUCGAAGCCACGUACCUGUCUUCAUUCCCCGUGCAAGCAGAGCGAUUCCUUCUCCGCCAGCGCGCUCUGCAUUGCUUCACCGAGGCUCGUCGGGUGCUGGACUUCAAGGCGUGUCUCGCCAAGGCCAAGACCCUUGACGAGAGGCGCAUCCAGUACCUGGGCCAGCUGCUGAAUGAAUCUCAGACCUCUUGCCGCAACCUUUAUGAGUGCAGCGCUGUGGAAGUGGACGAGAUCUGUGACAUCGCACGCCGGGCAGGUACUCUGGGUAGUCGGCUGACUGGCGCUGGGUGGGGCGGCUGCACUGUUCACAUGCUGCCGCAGUCCAAGGUCGAGGCUGUCACCAAGGCUUUGAAGGAGGAGUAUUACCUGAAGAGGUUCCCGGAUAUCACCGAAGAAAAGCUGGCUCAAGCGAUGGUGAUCAGCAAGCCGUCCAACGGAUCCUUCAUGGUUACGGGCGCAGCCAUUGCUCAGGUGGAGGUCUAA